GAGCUAGCUGGCCAUGGAUAGGUAGCAGAUGAUAGGUUGGUGGGUCAAUAUUUCACAGGUCAUGUACAUGUAACCUACAUGUAUUUCCACAGGAUUAAGGUACAUACUUUAUGUACAUGAACCUGGCCCUCUGGAUAAUGAAGACAUGUUGGUGGAGCCUCCUUCAUGAAACCUUGAGGAGUCAAGCCCUUCAAGCCACUACAUAGUCUAAUAGUGCAUGUAGGGUUCCGAUAGAUCUGCUGUCCCAUUUGAUUUGGUUGCCUUGAGAAGCUAUAAGAAAUGGCGUCACUCAGAACUUUGAGAAUUUCUUACAGCAACAUUCAGAGGAUUUUGGUCACAUACACGUACGUCAAGCCCUCCAAUUCCUCACUUUUUAUUCCUACAACGGAAGCAAGCUUAGCUGCUGGUACAAGACAAGUGAAUACUGGACCUGUCAAAGCUACAUGUAUCUACAGUUCCUACGAUAGCUCUCAACAUAAACUGUUGUUGUGGAGACAUCUAGCAACAUCUGCUACUCAUCAGAUAGUUCGUGAAGUGCCUCUUACAUCCCAAUCACAUCCUAGCCUUGUACGUGGUCCAUUUGCAAAGGUCACUCAGAAUGAUGUAGCAUUCUUUCAGGAGCUUCUUCCGCAGAGAGUUAUCACUGAUGAAGAGGACCUUAUCUCCCCUAAUACUGAUUGGCUUGGAUCUUUAAGAGGUGCAAGUCAAGUUCUCUUGAGACCAAAGACUACCGAUGAAGUCUCUCAAAUAAUGGCAUAUUGCCACGCCCAUAACUUGGCUGUAGUUCCUCAAGGAGGCAAUACUGGACUGGCUGGAGGAAGUGUACCUGUCUUUGAUGAGAUCAUAUUAUCAACAUCUCUCAUGAACAAUGUUAUUCAGUUUGAUGAGCUGUCAGGUGUUCUGGUAUGCCAGUCAGGUUGUAUUUUGGAGAAACUCGACAGUUAUAUAGAAGCAUAUGGCUACACAAUGCCUUUGGACCUUGGUGCUAAAGGAAGCUGUCAGAUUGGAGGCAAUGUGUCUACUAAUGCAGGAGGGAUCAGGUUACUACGUUAUGGUAGCCUACGAGGAACAGUACUUGGAAUUGAAGCAGUUCUUGCAGAUGGACGUAUAAUUGACUGUCUUUCCUCCUUACGCAAAGACAACACUGGUUAUGAUCUCAAGCAGAUGUUCAUUGGCUCUGAGGGUACACUUGGAGUUGUUACUGGCGUGUCAAUUUUGUGCCCUCCACGUCCUCAAUCUGUUAAUGUUGCAUUAUUCGGUUGUGAAAGUUUUUCCAAAGUUCUUGAUACAUUCAAGGAAAGCAAGUCACAGCUGGUUGAAAUCUUGUCUGCAUUUGAGUUUAUGGAUCAAACAACUCUGUCGUAUGUCACCAAGUAUUUGGGCCUUAGGAAUCCUCUCAACAGAGAGUAUCCAUUCUACAUUUUAAUCGAGACAUCAGGGUCAAAUGGAAGUCAUGAUGAGGAGAAACUGAAUCAAUUCUUGGAGCACAUUAUGUCAACAGAACUAGUAAUUGAUGGAACAGUUGCCACAGAUUCAACCAAAAUCCAGAUGAUAUGGGCCUUACGAGAAAGAAUAAAUGAAUCCAUCCAACGCACCAAACAACAGUACAAGUACGACUUGACCAUACCCCACCGAACAUAUUAUGAUUUAGUGCCCAUGAUACGUGAUUAUCUUCGGACACAACAUGCUCAUUUGCCAGUUUGUGAUGUUAUUGGCUAUGGUCAUGUCGGUGAUGGCAACAUCCACAUUAAUGUCAUAGUUGAUGAAUUCUCCGAAGACAUUAAAAAUGCCCUUGAGCCGUUUGUAUUUGAGCAGACAGCAAAGCUGAAAGGAAGUGUAAGCUCUGAACAUGGGCUUGGUUUCAACAAGAGGAAAUACAUUGGAUACAGUAAGACAGAUGAGGCUGUAGAGGUUAUGAAACUGAUGAAAUGCUUACUUGACCCCAAAGGAAUUUUGAAUCCUUACAAAACUAUCCCGUCCUAGUCCAGUCUAUCCAAGUCAGGCAUGAAGACCACAUGGACCCUUGACCACAUAAGAUUGUAAGGUCAUGGUCAUGGUCCCGAUAGGGAUGGAAACUUAUGUCUUUAUGUCAGCAGCUGUUGUUUGACAAGACAUCCUUGCUAUCAUUGAGCCACCUACCUGUAUCUUUGCGCAGUAACGUGUGGAAAAUAUAAAGGGGUGCAAAUUUACUGUAGAACAUGGGGCUGUUAUGAAUAAAAAUGCAUUUAUAAGUGUUGCAUCUCGAAUGCAGACACUAUGACAUGUUAAAGGCUUCUUUGCUACCCUGAAAAGAAAUGAAGGUAUAUUUCAUUUCUUCGUCGUUGGAUAACUUUUAUUGAUACUUGGAUUAUAAGUUGAGUAAAUCAUUCCUUGGAAUCUUGGCCACCUCCAUGUAUACAGGUUAAUGUCAAUGCACGAUUUUUCAUGACAAUCUUUAGAGGUUUUGGUCUUUGGAUAACUGCAAAUGAUUAUAAUUGUUAAUAGAGCUAACAAAAUAUUAAUGUGUACAGGAAGAUGAACAUAAUUAUCCAAGCUAUUUUCGCAUUUUAUUCUAAUUUUUAAGCAUAAUAAGUGUACUUUGCAAAUUUAUAUAUUUUGAAAGCUAAUGAUAUUUUUUACUUGAAAUGAUCUUCAUGGAGCCGCUGGUCUCCGAAUUCAAAAGUCAAGUUUCCACGUAUCAGUUCUAUGAAAUGAAUUUUAAAACUGGUCCUUCUACAUUUAAAGGAAAAUGAAGGUAAACUAGAAAUAUUAAAAUCGAGGCUUGUAUGUGAACUUUGUUAUGUUUGUUGUGUAUAAUCAGCUCUUAAUAAGAAGCGGGAAUUACACAACAUUGCGAAGUGAUUCACAGUUUCAUCGAUUGAACACAAGACUGUUUAAAUCAAUUUACAUAUUUACAUAAUUAACUAAUAUUCCCAUUUGUAGAUUCCAUAAUCCCUGGACUGAGAGUAGUAAUACAAUUCAAGCCAAGCAGUGACGUACAUGUAUGUACUUAGGCACUGCAAAAGUACAUGUUUAUGACGAGGUUUCGUAGUCGUAAAUCUCUUAUCGAGCAAUUUGCAAGGGAUUUUAAGUUUAUGCAUGUAAACAUUCUGAUGACCUGUCUUUAGUAAACCAACGUGAUGCAUCACAAAACAAUGUUAUACGUGCACGUAUGUGAAUUAUUGAAGCCUGUAACGUGAAAUAAAAAAAAUAAACAAAUUUUGACACUUCA